UGCAGUUAUGUCUGAUUGGCAGGAAGCUAGGCUAAACCCCUGAAGGACCGAAUUCAGACCCAGAGCAGACCCAAUUAUGUCUGUGACUCAAGUGGAAGAUGGCUUUCUUUCUUGCACAAACUGGUCUUCUAAUGUGACAGUGAAUGGGACUCGGGAACCUUUUGCAAACCCUCUCACAGACUACGAUGAGGAAGAAUUUCUGCACUAUCUCUGGAAGGAAUAUCUGCAUCCCAAGGAAUAUGAAUGGGUGCUCAUUGUUGGCUAUAUUAUUGUAUUUCUUGUGGCUCUCAUAGGAAACAUCCUAGGAGCUGUUGAUACUGUGUCGGUCUCUGUUUCUGUACUGACCCUUAGCUGCAUCGCACUGGAUCGAUGGUAUGCAAUUUGUCAUCCUCUGAUGUUCAAAAGCACAGCCAAGCGGGCCAGGAACAGCAUCCUUGUUAUCUGGAUGGUAUCCUGCCUUAUCAUGAUACCCCAGGCAAUUGUUAUGGAGUGCAGCAGCAUGUUUCCAGGACUGGCUAACAAGACCAUCUUGUUCACUGUCUGCGAUGAGCAUUGGGGAGCUGAAUUUCCCCCCAAAAUGUAUCAUACCUGUUUCUUCCUGAUAACCUAUCUGGCUCCACUGUGUCUUAUGGUGCUGGCCUACUUACAGAUAUUUCAAAAGCUGUGGUGUCAGCAGAUUCCAGGAACGUCAUCCAUGGUUCAGAGGAAAUGGAGGCCGCUGCAAUCCACAGCACAGACGCGGGAACUGGGCCCACCAGCACAUUUGAGGAUUAGCGUGGUGGCAGCCGAAAUCAAACAGAUUAAAACCAGGAGGAAAACAGCCCGGAUGCUGAUGGUGGUGCUCUUGGUUUUUGCCCUCUGCUAUCUCCCCAUUAGCAUUCUCAACAUCUUGAAAAGAGUUUUUGGGAUGUUUAACAACGCUGAAGAUCGAGAAACGGUGUAUGCUUUGUUUACUUUCUCCCAUUGGCUUGUAUACGCAAAUAGUGCAGUAAACCCAAUUAUUUACAACUUUCUUAGUGGAAAAUUUCGGGAAGAAUUUAAAGCUGCUUUUUCUUGCUGCUGCUUUGGUAUUGGCGAUCACCAAAAUGCUUCACCCAGAGGAAGGACAAGCAUGGACAGUCGGAAGUCCUUGACGACCCAAACCAGCAAUUCUGAUCAAGCUGCAAAGCUCUCAGAACAUGUUGCCUUGACUGGUGUAGUCUCACUGCCCACAAAGGGCCCUGGAUUUGUUGGGAGCUGAUAGAUGGCUACUUUCUGUGAUAAAUCGUUGUCAUUUGAUCUGUGACUCCAGUUAUCUAAAACAGGGACCAAAAUACUUGGAAAACCGCAAAAGUGAAAUAACAGAUUAUGACAAAGAUAAACUAGGCUAAUAUACAAAAUUGGAUGAUUUUUUUUUUAAAAAAAGAAAACAGAUCUUUGUUUGGAAAUGUAUGUGAUUUUUCCUAGCAUAUACUAUUCAACUGUAAGAAAUGAUAGUUGGGAAACAUAUAUGCACCCAUUUUCAUUGGGAUGAUCUGCUGAUGGGCUUGGUCCCUAUCCAAAGAAUAU